AUGCAAGUGGGCAAUAUCUCCUCCCUGCGUCCAGCAGAGUUUGUGCUUCUUGGGUUUCCAGGGAUGGACAGUUACCAGCAUUGGCUUUCAAUUCCUUUUACUGUCAUGUAUCUUUUAGCUGUUGCAGCCAAUUUCAUAAUCAUUUUCCUGGUUCGACUUGAAAAAAAUCUACACACUCCAAUGUAUUUGUUCCUUUCUCUUUUAGCACUAGUGGAUCUUGGUCUAUGUACAUCAACUUUACCUAAAAUGCUUCACAUAUUUUUCCUUAAUGAGAAAAGAAUAACCUUUGAGGGCUGCUUUGUUCAAAUGUUCUGCAUUCAUUUCUUUUCCUCUCUUGAAUCUUCCAUAUUAGUUAUUAUGGCUUAUGACAGAUACGUUGCAAUUUAUAACCCUUUACGUUACACUUCAAUAUUGUCAAACAAAUUUGUGGCUAAAACAUUUUCAGCAUUUCUCAUACGAGGUUUUAUUUUAACUGGCUUGAUACCAACCCUUGCUUCAAGAUUGCCUUAUUGUGCCACAAACAUCAUCUCACACUGCUAUUGUGAUCACAUGGCCGUUGUAAAACUGGCAUGUAGUGAUAUAUCAAUGAAUAGCUACUAUGGUCUCUUUGUCGCAUUUUCUAUAUUGGGUUUGGAUGUUAUAUUUAUUACAUUCACGUAUGUUAUGAUUUUGAGGACAGUUUUAAAGCUUGGGUCAAAGUCUGCUCAGCUGAAAGCAUUUCACACAUGUGGCUCUCAUCUUUUUGUGAUUCUUUACUUUUAUAUUACAUCAUUGUUCACUUUUUUAGUUUACAGAAUUGGUCAAUCUGUGCCACCCCAGAUACACAUUAUGUUUGCAGUUUUAUAUCUUCUUGUGCCACCAGUGUUAAAUCCUCUUGUUUAUGCUACUAGAACAAAGGAAAUUCGUAAUGCAUUUAACAAGCACUUUGCAAAAAUACAAAUUAAAUCAUUACCGCCGUCAAAGAAAUCCAGACAUGUAGACGAUGAAAAUCGACAGUUCAACAGUGAAUGGGAGUCGGAUUUCUUCAUGUCAAACCAAGGAAACUCUAUGAUGUGCCUAAGAUGCAAGACACAAAUAAGAACAUUAAAGAGAUCAAAUGCAAAACAGCACUAUGAGAGUUGUAAGUCAUACAUGAAGUACAUCAAUUUAAAAGAUGAGGCCAGAAAGCAAGCGUAUGAUUCCUUGAACAAGAGCCAUACAAAAGAAACAUCCAUGUUCACCAAAUUCAAAUCAUCCUCUCACAAUCCGGAAGUUGAGGCAACGUUUCGAGUCGCCUUCAAAUUGGGUGCCGCUGGAAAACCAUAUACUGAUGUAGAGCUGUUCAAAUCAUGCAUGCUUGAAGUUGUUCAGUGUCUCGAACCAUCUCAACUUCAAAAAUGUAAAGAUUUACCUCUAUCAUGA